CGUUAAUCCAUCUAAUCAUCCAAGGCAAUCCGGGUCCGCUGCGGACCUGGCCAAAGCUGUAGGGUGGCACCAUGAUGAUUUUGCGCAGAUUUACAAAUCAGUUCAUGUUACAUGUAUAGAGAAGCUAUGCCCAUCUAUCAGGUCAUCAAUAUGCAGCAGCGUGUCUGCGUGUGACACUGCCGAUGGCAUCUGCCGGUCCUAGCACUUGACUGCGCGUCCACGGCCAGACCGCAACCAUCAAACAAGCAGCAAUCUAGUUUAUUAAGCUUUUCGCGAACGGGCUGCGCUUCGAAAUAUGAUGGACGGCAGCUACGACGGCUAUACUGCUGCUGGCUGGGCGUUCCAAGCCGCCCAGGCAGCGGCCGGCGCCGCGCCUUUUCGUCAGCAACAACUGCAGGCCCACAUGGAUCCACUCUUCGAACAGCAUCACCAGCAACCUGCGACCCUCGACGGAUCAAGUGCCUACGAUCAAGCUUACGCACUGCCGUACCAAGCUGCGGCACCAGCGCAAGUCACUACGCUCUUCCUGGCGACUGAUCCAAAUAAUGUGUACGGCGUUGCGGCUCCGUCGUACGGAACAGAGCAGGGCAACGGUCCGGAUUUCGACGCAGCAUGGUAUCAAGGUUUCUACGGAACUGCUGAGGCAACGGACUACCCAUAUGCUGUCCCGGAGGGUGGAAGUUACAUGGACUACAAUACCGGUAUUGCCGGCGGUGGCGGCAGCGGCGGCG